AUGACCGCUAGCAUCACAAUGAACCUCAAAAGUUUUGGUGAAAUCGGCCCAAUCCCUUCCAUCCCCCUUCGAUCCCCUUCUAUCCACGUGUCUCCCAACCCUCGAGGGCACACGCAGGGAACACAGGGAACACGACGCCGCCAACGAGAGAAGGUGCCCCGCCGCCGGAUCUUCACCGCCCCGCCACCGCCAGAGCGUCGACGUCCUCCUCCGCCGGUUCUCCCCGAGCAGUUCGCCGUCUCCAUGGCCAUCCUUCUCCUCUCCUACCUGGCUUUGCCGAGGAUUUUAGCUUGCAGUUCGCUGUCGUCUUGGCCACACAUGGCCAGUUCGCUGUCUGUCUCUUCUAAUUGCAGAACAGGGUGCGUCGUGGUUGCUAAGCAAUGAAGGGAGGGCCUGUUUUGCUGUGUUCUGGUGGUUUAGAGGACAUUUUAUUUUUGUCAGUAGUGUGUUAUCAAUGAUAGUUAUCCUAUGUUUGAUUCGUGAUAAUUAUGUAAUACUCGCAUUCUGCUCUAAUUUCAAUUUGAUAGCCAGAUGCCUACCAACAAAAUGUUCUGUAGCAAGUUUUUCUUACUAUGGCAUUUGAUAACUUGUAAAGAUUGGAUUUUUAACUGUUUUGCACCA